GCCUUUACCAGCAUCGCCGGCCUGCUCAUCCACGCCGCCUGCGACGGGAUAGCCAUGGGCGCCUCGGCGGCCAGUAGGGACGAAGGGCUUAAGCUCGUCGUCGUGGGCGCCAUCCUCCUGCACAAGGCACCCGCUGCCUUUGGGCUCUGUACGCUCCUCAUCUCGCGAGGACUCAGUCGUACCGAUAUACGCAAGGCAAUGGGCAUCUUCUCCCUCGCUACGCCCGUGGGGGCGUUGGGCACUUACUUUCUACUCAGUAUCGCGCUCGGUGGCACGCCCGCGAGUGACAGUGACAGUGGAUCUGGAUCUGGAUCGUCGGCAGAGGCUGGAUCCUCCGCCAUCUCCCCCUCUCACGUCGGGACUGCCUUGACCUUUUCUGCUGGCUCAUUCAUCUACGUCGCACUCGAUGCGGUGCACGAGCUCGCCUCCAGCUCAAGCGACUACGAGCGAGGACCUGAUGGGCGACACAUUGCCAAGAUGACGCUGGGAAGGACGGGAAGGAUCGCCACCUUGCUCGCUGGGGCCGUCUUGCCCAAGACGCUUCAGAUUGUG